AUGAUCCCACUGACCGUUGAGAAGGCUCUGCACUCGAUACAUACAAAGACUUACCAUUCUGAAGUGCCAGAAAGCAUCAAAUCGUCGAAUUCUCCCGUUAUAUUAGGUGUAGAUGAGGCGGGUCGUGGUCCUGUGGUCGGACCCAUGGUAUAUGGAAUUGCAUACUGUACGAGAGACUUUCAAGAACAGGUGUUGAUCCCGGACUACGACUUUGAUGAUUCGAAGAAAUUGACUGACGAAGUGCGCCGUAAACUGUUCAGACUAAUAUAUGAGGAUAGACAGAUUAACGAUGUCGGUUAUGCUACAACUUGCAUUUCUCCAUGUGACAUUUCCAAUGGGAUGUUCAGAUUCCCACCUUCCAAGAACUACAAUUUGAACGAACAAGCUCACGACGUUACAAUGGAUCUGAUUCAAGGCGUGAUUAACCAAGGUGUUACGAUAGAACAUGUAUAUGUAGACACAGUGGGUCCACCAAAUACGUAUCAGAAGAAACUGGAAACCAGAUUUCCCGGUAUCAAAUUUACAGUGGCAAAGAAGGCAGAUUCUCUGUAUUGUGUAGUCAGUGUUGCUAGUGUGGUUGCCAAAGUCACGAGAGACUUGCUAGUAGAAGCGUUAGAAGAAGACAGCACCAUAAAUAUACGAGACCACACAACGGGAGAACAAUGUCCCGUAGGUUCUGGUUACCCAUCGGACCCACGAACAAAAGUAUGGCUCAGACAGCAACAGACGCCGCUGUUUGGCUGGCCUCUGGAAAUGGUCAGGUUCUCAUGGCAAACAUGUCAAACUCUACUAGAUGACAACGCCAAGACUGGUAAAGGUGUCGAGAUUCAAUGGGAAGAAGACUUUAUAAACUCCAAAAAAAACCUGGAACAAGCCUGGAAAACGUACACAUCGCAGGAUACCAACUCUCCAAUCACUCUAGACAACUGGUAUCACUGA